UCUACGGUAUUGUACUGUACGGUACUAAGGCAKGGAGCCUGAAACAAAAGCAUGUGUUUCAAGAAGCUGAAAAAGUCUUCUUCAGUAUUGCAAUUCGUAAUAGAGACUAAACAAGGCAAAUCCAAAUAAUAUCAGACUUUGGAGAGGAGGUAAAUCCCAUAUGAGUGAUGUCAUUAUGGAUACCGAAGACACUGCAACGAGCAAUGUCAAUUUGAAUGCAGAGGAUCCCAUUACCAAAAUGGAASAGGACCCRGAAGCRGGCACCGCCGCCGAUGCGCCUAACGAGACUUCGAAUGAGAGAACCGACGAGACAACCAACGAAGUAUCCAACGAGGCAGCCAACCAUGUAGCGAAUGAACUUAAUACAGAUAAAGCUGGAGAUUCCACAGAGGAACAACCGGUCGAAAACCCGGAAGAGGGCGAAACCCCAGACGAGCCCGAGGCAAAGAAAGGACCGGAAGAUKCUGCAACUCUAGCUGAGGUAUCGAAUGCUCCAGAUACUGUAGAAGUAGCAAAUGCAGCCCCAGACGCGAUCAAAAAGGAUGCUGCAAAUAUACCGCCUGUAUCAACAGAAUCCGAUACCAACCCUUCAACCGAAGUGAAAAACAGUAGUAAYGAAGACCAUGUGGAUGUUGUUSUUGUUGCUUCAGCAGCAGGUGGAAAAGAAGACAGCACGAUUGUGGCAGAUAGCGAGCCAAUGGAGGGGGUGUCAAUAGAACAGGCGAGCGAGCCAGCGAUUGUGGCUACCGCGACGCAAAAGGAGGUGGAAGUCGCACCCACAGAAAGCGAAAUCCCCGUCAAAGAGAACAAAAAACGUGUCCGUCGAGUUGGUAGGACUCCCACCCGCAAAAUUCCUAAACUGGACGAGAAGGAAUUGGCUACCCCUUCCACAGAUGUUUCUGGAGCUGCUAGCAGUAAUGUUGAUACCGCUGGAACACCAGCAGUAGUGACAUAUGCCACAGCGCCUGCUAUCGGAUCAGCCUCUCAUGCUUCAGGUGCUGCAGAACCAUCAUCCACCGUGGCGAUCGCAUCUCCGUCACCACCGAACCAAGGCGUUCUUUCCAAGCACGACGAAAAGUGGUAUUCCAUGUUUCAAAAACUAAUUGAGUUUAAAGAAACAAAAAAGCACACAUUGGUUCCACAGUGUUACACCGCGGAUCCACGGUAAGUGAACGUAYAUGUAAUAAAGUUUUACGGAAUUUUCGACUUGAGCUUUUUGUAUUUUGUAACCUUCUCAAUUUGAUUCGUUAUUUCUCACAAAAACAUGCACAGGCUAGGACGGUGGGUACACUACCAAAGAGUGGAGUACUGGAUUUUUCAGCAGAAGGGAAGUGCAAAGAUAACAGAGGAGCGAAUUGCUCGGUUGAACGCCAUCGGGUUUGAAUGGGACCCUCAAAAAGCUCAAUGGGAAAAAAUGUUUGCAAAACUAAAGGAGGUAUGUUUCACUGUGGCAGAUGAUGUUAAACAAACGAAUCUAAGGGCUCYAUGAAAUCUUGAGACACGUACCAUAACUAACUUUCUUUUUSGCAUGCCUUUUCUAUGGGCUUCGUCUUCCAUCGAUAUGAAUGAAUAUCGAURYCAAMCAUAAUCUACAUCACCAUCCAAACAAAUGUAGUUCAAGAAGGAGUUCAGUCACUGCCGAGUACCCAAGGGAUACGAUAAGGAUUGGGAGCUGGCCAAUUGGGUUCGAAACCAGCGUUUGGAGCARGCAAACCUUAGCAAGGAAGGGAAGAAAUCGCGCAUGACGCCUGAGCGAUUCAAGCUUCUGGACGAAUUAGGAUUCAAGUGGAGUUCACCCACUCCCGCUAGGGCACGUAGAAACUCCAAGCCGCUAGCGGUAUCGGCGAAGAAAAACAGUAACAGCSCGGAAGCUACUGUGCAGAAGCAAGAAGUCAAAGCGGAGCAAACAGCCGGCGUGACCGCAACUCCCGUCGUUGACGAAAAGCCUCCCGACGCAACAACUGUGGCUGUGGAUGGGAAAGUGAUGGUGACAGGUGCGACCGAUGCUGUCGUUACAAAUGGCGUCGAAGGAGAGCUAGAAGACCCCACGAAACUGGAUGCAGGAAAUGCAAAAGAUCCAAGCCAUCUCGAAGCUGCCAAACAGGUGGAGAUUUAGAACACAAAAUGAAGGUAAGCUAAAUGAUAGUUGAUAUCGGGGCAAAAACUAUGAAAAGAGAAAAAAAUCGUUGGCUCUUCUUGACACCUAGGGAAUCUUUUGCAUUGAUCACCAAAGGGCCAAGUGAUCGCUUUAGAAUGAACAAUUAAUAUGGUAUGGAAAGAAMCUAUAAAACUCAACAUAAUUU